AUGCCGCUCGACCGGCACGACUGUCUAGCGCUGCUAGCGCAGCUGGCCGAGGAGGAGGACUUGCGCGUCACCGUGAAGGGCUCGGCCUGGGGCGCGCUGGUGGCCGGCUUGGGCGCGUUCGUCGGCGGCGUGGCGCUCGGCCCGCCCGGUCUGCUUCUUGGCGGCACUGCCGGCGGCGGAGCGGCGUACGCCAUGAGCCGCGACCAGUUCCGGCCGGCGGCGCAGGUGAUCCGGGAGAUGCCGCUGGACCGGCAGCGGCGGCUGGUGGCCUCUGCCAGCAGCCUGGUGCAGCGCAUCCGCGCCGAUGACGUCAUCACGGCGCUCGCCAUGCUGGCCACGGGCAGCGUCAUGGGCGAGCUGCGCACGGCCAUCAUCGGCCAGGUGGUGCACUUCCUCACGUCCGAGAUGGCGCUGCAGAUGGUUGAGUGACAUGCCUGUAGCUGGGGCUCGCGUGUGUCGCUGGGAGCGGUGCGCUUCAGACGGGGCUCGCGUGUGUCGCUGGGAGCGGUGCGCUUCAGACGGAGCUCGCGUGGGGCGCUGGGAGCGGUGCGCUUCAGACGGGGCUCGCGUGUGGCGCUGGGAGCGGUGCGCUUCAGACGGGGCUCGCGUGUGUCGCUGGGAGCGGUGCGCUUCAGACGGAGCUCGCGUGGGGCGCUGGGAGCGGUGCGCUUCAGACGGGGCUCGCGUGUGGCGCUGGGGGCGGUGUGCGUCAAACGGGGCUCGUAUGGCGGCGCGCGUCAGACGCAGGGAUCAGGUCGAGCUGAGUCGAGUCACGCGCGGCGGGAGAGGGUACAGAACAGCAGGUGCUGGACACAUGGCGUGCAACGCCCGAUUUUUGGUAUGCGAGCGGGUUACCAUGGUGACCGUAAGUGAUGUACUUUGGGACGCCAGCUCCCAAACACGACAUGACUGAUCAGUCGUCGGUAAUUGCUUAUCCUUCCCCUUCACAGCCACCCGGACAUGGUUUGUCAU